UGGCAAUGAGGCAGGUCCGUGGUGGGGCCGUGGGCAAGUAUAAAAACCGGCGGGAGACUGGUCCCGGCACAGUAGUCGCCAGCCGCUGACAUCACCACACCUCACAACAUGUACAAGCUGAUCGUCCUCGCCGCCAUGCUGGCCGUCGCCGCCGCCGCCCCCGGCUUCCUGGGCGCGCCUGCUGUCGCCUACACCGCCCCCGCGGUGGCUGCCGCCCCCGUGGCCUACGCCGCCCCCGCUGUCGUCAAGGCCGCCGUCGCCGCCCCCGCUGUGGCCUACGCCGCUCCCGCUGUAGCCUACGCCGCCCCCGCCUACCACGCCCCCGUAGCCUACGCCGCAGCUCCCGCCGUCGUCAAGACGCACUGCGGGGCCGCUGUGGGAGGUGCUGGCAAGUAUAAAAGGCGCUCGCAGGCUGGUCACAGCACAGUAGCCUGCAGCCGCCGACCACUCCACACCCCAAACAUGUACAAGCUGAUCGUCCUCGCCGCCGUGCUGGCCGUCGCCGCCGCCGCCCCCGGCUUCCUGGGCGCGCCUGCUGUCGCCUACACCGCCCCCGCGGUGGCCGCCGCCCCCGUGGCCUACGCCGCCCCCGCUGUCGUCAAGGCCGCCGUCGCCGCGCCCGCUGUGGCCUACGCCGCCCCUGCUGUGGCCUACGCCGCCCCCGCCUACCACGCCCCAGUAGCCUACGCUGCAGCUCCCGCCGUCGUCAAGACGCACUACUUCUAGGAGACGCGUUUCAUAAAAAGCCAACUAUUUAUUUAAGCGGCAUCUCGGUGCU